AUGGGUGGCAGAUCUGCUGCUGCUGCUUUGGUUCUCUGCUUGGUCUUCAUGGUGAGGUCAGAAGGUAAGGCCCUGGCGAAGACAGCGGGGAAAAGCUUCCAGUGCUUGUGUGACAGCACUCAUUCCAAGUUCAUCCCCCCCCAGGCUAUCCAGAGUGUGAGAUUAAACCAAAGAGGACCUCGCUGCCAAAACGUGGAAAUCAUAGCUACACUGAGAUCCGGCAGGCUGGUGUGCCUGGAACCCUCUGCUUCCUGGGUCCGGCUCACUGUGAAGGCUAUUUUGGCCAGGGCCAGAAGCAAUACUGAAUCACCUCUCAAAGAAAAGUCAAGGAAAAUGACAUCUCGGAGUUUUUCUAGGAUAUGA